CCAGAUGUCGGCACCUACAAGGCAAAUAGUCCUUGACGAUUCACGUUCUCCAUGACGGCUUGUUCCUUUCUUGCUUUCAUUUUUCAUUUUCAGCUUGGUCUCCAAGAAAAAAUGAAUAUUAGGAGUACAAUUAUACUCCUUUAAACUUUUGUUAAACUUCUUGAAAAUAAUAAAUUCAUUUUUCUGACUAGCUGUAUAAAUACAUUUCGGAUCAUCCCUGUAUUCUAAGUUUCUAACCGGGCUAAAACAAAGCAGACAUCUUUUUACCAGGGAUUCUUUUCUACCCAACAGAGAGAAAGAGAACAACCAGGAGAGAGAGAAGUAGAACAAAAAACUUUCUUCUUUUUUUCGGAGGGGUGUUAAAGGAGAAAAGAAAAAGGAAGUUUUAAUUUGUGGAUUGUUGUAAAUACCAGAUUUGAUUUGAUGGGUUAAUUUGAGUGGGUAGUUUCUGAAAUUGGGGAUUAUUUCUGAAAUUAUGAGCUCUCGAGCUCAGAAUGAUGGUGGCGAUCGUCCUAGAUUUUCUGGCCAAAGUAGUCGUCAGCAAUGGGUUCCUAAAGGGCCUGGAAUUUCGAGUUCCCCGUCAAGUUUUAAUGAGUAUACCGGUGGAUAUUCUGGUGAUGAAAACAGUAGGUCGGAGAAAAUGGAUAAUAGACGGGGUCGAGGGUUUAGAGGAGGUAGUGGAAGUGGUGGUAAUGGAGGUCGGAGUUAUAUGGGUCGGCCUCAACAUUUGAGGAGAGGGAAGAACGAAAUGAGAGAAGGAGGGAUUGUAAAUCGCGAUAGAAGUAACAAUAAGAGAAAGGGGGGAGGAAUUGGGGUUGAUGCAGAUUUACCUCAGCUGGUGCAAGAGAUUCAGGACAAAUUAAGUAGAGGAAUUGUGGAAUGUAUGAUUUGUUAUGAUAUGGUGAGGAGGACGGCUCCUAUUUGGUCUUGCUCGAGCUGUUACUCUAUCUUCCAUUUGAAUUGCAUCAAGAAAUGGGCUCGUGCACCUACUUCGAUUGAUACUUCUGCUGUGAAGAGUCAAGGGUUUAAUUGGCGAUGUCCUGGGUGUCAGGCAGUGCAGCUUACAGCAUCAAAGGAUAUUCAUUAUGUUUGCUUUUGUGGGAAGAGACAUGAUCCAGAAUCUGAUUUUUACUUGACACCCCAUUCUUGCGGUGAGCCUUGUGGAAAGCCAUUAGAGAAGGAGGUUCUUGGAGCUGGUUUGAGCAAGGAGGUUAUGUGUCCUCAUGUUUGUGUUUUACAUUGCCAUCCUGGUCCUUGUCUUCCAUGCAAAGCUUUUGCUCCUCCUCGGCCUUGUCCUUGUGGCAAGAAAGUAAUUACCACAAGAUGUUCUGAGCGUAAGUCUGUGCACACUUGUGGUAUGGUCUGCAAUAAGAUUCUCGAAUGUGGAUGCCAUUGGUGUGAACAGCUUUGUCAUGUGGGUCCAUGUAAGCCAUGCCGGGCUCCCAUGGAUGCCUCUUGCUUUUGCAAGAAGAAAUCUGAGAUGGUUAUUUGUGGAGACAUGUCAUUGAAUGGAGAGAUAAGUGUGGAAAAUGGUGUUUUCUCUUGUAGUUCUUCUUGUGGAAAGAAAUUGGGAUGUGAAAAUCAUCAUUGUACAGAAAUUUGUCAUCCAGGCCCAUGUGGUGAAUGUGAAUUCUUGCCUAGCAAAUUAAAAACCUGUUAUUGUGGUAAGACACCUAUAGGGGAUCAGCGAAGGAGUUGUCUAGAUCCGAUCCCGACAUGCUCAGGGACUUGUGGGAAGCUCCUUCCUUGUGGGAAGCACUAUUGUAAAGAUAAGUGUCAUUCUAAAUUGUGUCCUCAUUGCACCGAGAUUGUCGCCCAAAAAUGUCGAUGUGGUUCAACGUCUCGGACGGUGGAAUGUUAUAAGACGACUUUAGCCAGUGAGACAUUUGUCUGUGAUCGGCCUUGUAGGCGUAAGAAGAAUUGUGGAAGGCAUCGUUGCAGUGAGCGCUGCUGCCCCCUUUCUGAUUCUAGCAGCACUGUAUCUGAUGGCGGGAAUCCGCACUUCUGCUCAAUGCCAUGUGGUAAGAAGUUGAAAUGUGGGCAACAUUCCUGUGAAGCAUUCUGUCACUGUGGUCACUGUCCUCCCUGCUUGGAAACUAUAUUUACUUACCUUACAUGUGCUUGUGGAAGGACUUCAAUUCCACCGCCCCUACCUUGUGGGACUCCUCUUCCUUCUUCAUGUCAAUAUCCAUGCUCUGUUUCUCAACCUUGUGGCCACCAAUCCACUCACAGUUGCCAUUUUGGAGAGUGCCCACCUUGCUCUAUUCCCAUAAUGAAGGAAUGCAUUGGUGGUCAUGUGGUUCUUCGUAAUGUUCCCUGUGGGUCAAAGGAGAUUACUUGUAACAAGCUUUGUGGAAAGCCGAGGCGAUGUGGACUGCAUGCGUGUGCUAGGAGUUGCCACCUGUCACCGUGUGAUCUGUCUUGUGAACCUUCAGAUCCUUCUGAGAAGCCUUCUUGUGGACAGGUUUGUGGUGCCCCAAGAAGAGACUGUAGACACACUUGUCAAGCUCCUUGCCAUCCUUUAGCUCCUUGUCCUGACUUAUGUGAGUCCCCAGUUACAAUUUCUUGUUCUUGUGGAAGAAUUACCACAAUGGUGCCUUGUGAUUCUGGGGGAAAUACUUCCACUUUCAAUGCAUAUGCUUUUGAAGCUUCUGUUUUACAGAAGUUGCCAGCGCCACUUCAGCCUGUGGAAGCAAAUGAAACAAGAGUUCCACUAAGUCAUAGGAAGCUUAUGUGUGACGAUGAAUGUGCCAAACUCGAGAAAAAACGGGUUCUUGCAGAUGCUUUUGAUAUUUCUCAGCCUAGUAUAGAUGCCCUCCAUUUUGGUGAUAAUCCGAAUGCUUCACAAGUGCUAUCUGAAUUACUUCGACGUGAUCCAAAAUGGGUUUUUGCGGUGGAGGAGAGAUGCAAACACUUGGUACUUGGUAAAAACAGAGGUGGUAGUAGCAAAAUUAAGGUUCAUGUAUUUUGUACGAUGAUGAAGGAGAAGCGAGACGCAAUUCGACUUAUAGCAGAGAGAUGGAAACUCUUUAUUAGUGCUGCUGGUUGGGAGCCUAAACGAUUUAUAGUGGUUCAUGCUACUGCAAAAUCUAAAGCCCCACCUCACAUUCUGGCACCCAAGGGUUCAGCUGCAGUGGUAGCACUCCAUCCACCUGUUUUUGAUCCUUUGGUGGAUAUGAAUCCUAGGCUUGUUGUUGCCCUGCUUGAUCUUCCGAGUGAAGCAGACAUCAGCACAUUGGUUUUGCGGUUUGGUGGUGAAUGUGAGCUCGUGUGGUUGAAUGAUAAGAAUGCCCUUGCUGUUUUCAGUGAAGCUGUCCGAGCAGAAACUGCUAUGAGAAGGUUAGAUAACGGAUCUGUUUAUCAUGGGGCUUCUGUCGUUCAACAGAGUAGUGCUGCAGCUGAUGCUGCACCUGCACCUGCACCUGCAUGGGCAGGGACUACACCAUCUGCUUCGAGAAGUAAUCCAUGGAAGAAGGCCAGUACCUGGGCUGAAGACACAUGGGGCGAGGAAGAAUGGACUAGUGGUAAUGUAAGUAAUGAUGUGAAACAUUCGUCGUCGUGGAAAGGACGUGAUGCCCCAGCGACCAUAACGAUGAACAGAUGGACUGUUCUGAAUCCCGACUCUUCAUCAUUAAGAACAACUGAUUCGACUACGAGGGUUAUUGAUUACUCAAAAACAAGGGCAGCUGUUGAAAACACCUCAGCCUCAGAAGCUUGUAGUGAAGUGAAGACAGCACCUCAGCCUGAUGACAAUGCUGAAGUUGUGGAUGACUGGGAAAAGGCUUUUGACAAAGUAACAUUGUAG